AUGUCCAGCAAUCGCAACCAGGCAAGGAACAGCAGCGAAGGAAUUGAGGCUGAGCUGCGCCGACUUCUACGCGAAUCAAAGGAAGAUGCAGAGGCGGUACGACGCGAACAAGAUCGUCGAGAUUUGCGUAACGAGCGAAUCAGGAUCCUGCUCGAUCAGCGAAAGCGAGAGCAAGAGCUCCAACGCCUGGAAUGUGAAAGAAUAGAAAGAGAGAGACUGCAGCAGCAGCAGGAGAGAGAACGCCUCGCGCGUCUGCGACAGGACGAAGAGCGCCGAGCGUACCAGAGGCCAGAGAAGCGCAAAAGGCAAAAUAGCGAGCCUCCUCGUAUGAGAAAUCUCUCUGUUCCACCCACUAAUUAUGGGUCUGAGAUGGACAUCUCAGACUCCAAUGCAAACGAAACCGCAAAAGAGGUCAGGCGCAUGCGCGACGAGUUGGUGUACAAAGGGGUCAUCAACAAGAAGCGAGCUGAGACAAUCUGCGACAAUUGUGUACUCAAACAUGGCCAAGGAAACGUCGACGCCAGAGACUGCGACCGUGCCAGCAACCAUGCAUGUGGAGCAUGUCGUAAACGCAAACAAGCCUGCCCACAAGACGGAACUCGCCUACACGUUCGGAGUGUGGCAAGCAGGUCAAGGGCACCAUCCGUUGCGGCUCCCAAGUCUCACGCAGAUGUAUCGCAUCCUAUUCAAGAGAUAGAAGACUUUUCCUCGGCACUCAAGGCAAUGACCGCCAAGAUGAUCAACUUGAGCAGAGAGCUCGAGCUUCUCCGACAGACGGACAACUGGCGUAAAGUCGUCAAGAAACGAAAGUUGGGGGCCGACAGAAUGCAACAGGAUGAUGACCAGUUUGCAUUGGAUGAUAGUGACUAG